AUGGAUCGAUUACCGGAAAACAUUGCUGUGAAGAAGCGUUCCUGGACGGAAUGGAAAAAGUUCGCGCAGAAAGUGGAUUUGUUCCUGCGAGCCACAAAGAAGACCAACGAAGAAGACGACACCAAGAUAGCAAUUCUGCUCGCGACCGGCGGUGAUAUUGUCUUAGACGAAUUCAAUGCGAAAUAUGGAUCGUCCGACAAACCGGAGUACGAAGAAGUCGUGAAAACUCUCGGGUUGUGCUUUGCAGACGGUGAAUCCGAACAUUACCUGUCUCACAUGUUCAGAGAACGGAUACAGCGACCGGGGGAGCCGGCAGCAGAAUGGAUAACAGACCUCCGACUGAAAGUCAAAGUGUGCAACUACGGGGGACUGGCUGAUAGAAUGAUUCGAGAUCAGAUCAUCUAUGGGGUCUCGAACAAAGAAACACGGAGAGAACUCCUCAAGGUUUCAAAGCUAUCAGCGGAUGAAGCCGUCAGGAUCUGCUUGGCAAUGGAAACCUCAAGAAGUCAGCUAAAGGCUUUCGAGCAGCAGACGGAAAGGCAGACCGGAGACACGCAGUCUCUUAACAGCGAAGAGGAAUCGAACGCUCUCCAACAUUUCUCAAGAAGCCGCAAGAAACCGUCAAGAUCGAGACCACAACAAAAUGGCGCGUUCGGCAAUCGAUAUCAAAACAAUCAACAAAGGAGCUUUCGGAAUGAAAGACCAUCUCAAUACAUGGCAUCAAAAGAGUGUCGCGCGUGCGGGCGAACUCAUCCGAACAACACCUGUCCAGCCAAGGGAAGAGCCUGCUCGAAGUGCGGGAGAAUGAACCAUUUCGCAACGAUGUGCUACACAGGACGCGCUAAGAUAAAUACGGUCGACGGCAACUUCGAAUCAGACGAAGACUUCACAGAAGAAGAAGUGCAAUGGGUGUGUGCGAUCAAAGCUAGCGAGAGAAUGGUCUACGUCACGAUGCAAGUAUCAGAGGCUAACUCGUUCGGGAAAGCAACGCGGUUCCAAGUAGACUGCGGAGCUACAUGCAAUAUCAUACCUAGACACAUGAUCCCGAACGCGACAAUAAACACGGGCGUUCGUCCGCCGCUGAAAGCAUACAACAGAUCCACAAUCAAGACGCUCGGGACCACGGACCUACGAGUCAGGAACAUCAAAACAAAAAUGGAACAUGAAAUCAAGUGCGUCGUGGUAGAGGACAAAUUCCAACCAAUAAUCGGAAGGUUCACGGCAGAGAAGCUGAAUCUAAUUCACAUCGACUACGAACAGGUUGAUUCAAUCUGCCAUAACGAAACUUUCGGCACAAUUGAAAACGUGAUGAAAGCAUUCCCGAAUGUAUUCGACGGAGGUCUGGGGAAGUUCCCGGGCAAAGUCAAACUACACCUCAAAAAAGAGGCAAUUCCGUGCUGUAACGUAGCGUGCAGAGUGUCGCCGCAUUUGAAGGUGAAACUCCUCGAAACACUGAAACAAUUGAAAGGAAGAGGAAUAAUCCGCAAAGUGGAAGAACCGACCGAAUGGGUCAACAGAAUCUCAAUACAGAUAAAGAAAACGGGUCAGCUGCGACUGUGCCUGGAUCCAAGGAGACUCAAUGAAUACCUGGUAAGGGAGGUGUACCACACACCUGCCCUCGACGAGAUACUCCCGGACCUCAGUGGGGCUAAAGUAUUCUCAAAGUUUGACUUGUCAGACGGUUUCUGGCAAUGUGAACUCGAGGAAUCAAGCCGCCACCUGACCACAUUUCAAACACCCUUCGGAAGGUUUCAAUGGCAAAGACUACCAUUCGGUCUCAAUGUGGCCCCGGAAAUUUUCUACAAACGCCUGGUACAAUGCCUGGAGGGUCUCGAGAACACGUACGCAUUAGCGGAUGACGUUCUGAUCUGUGGCAGAGGAAACACGCAUGACGAAGCUCGAAUGAACCACGACGAAAAUCUACAAAGAUUCUUAAAGAGAUGUAGCGACAAAGGAAUCAAGCUGAACAGGAAGAAGGCUACCCUGAGAGCGACGGGAACUAAAUUCUUCGGCUUCGUACUCACAGACAGAGGAAUACAAAUGGAUCCGGAGAAACAACAGGCGAUAACAAGAAUGAAAGAACCCGGAGAUAUCGUCGCAUUGAAGAGCUUUCUUGGUAUGCUUUCGCAUGUUGCGCGCUUCAUGCCGAGGGGAGCUGAAAUCGUUGCGCCCCUGAGGGAGCUGUGCAAGGAUGGAGGAGAGUGGAUAUGGACCGAACGUCAGCAAGAAAGCUUCAAACGGGCAACGAAAAUGAUCAGCUAA